AGUUGUCCGGUUCAUACUCUUCAGAUUCUCCUUCCUUCUUCCUUCACCUCUCCUUCUAAACCUGCUCUUAUCUCUCCUCAUCUCCGUCGACGCUUCUGCAAUGGCGACUGUCUAUGCUACUUCGGUCAAGUUCGCAUCUUCGUUAAAGCACUCUGUUGGGGAUUACAAGCUAACUGGAAGGACCUCAACUUUGAGGCUAGUUUCUAUGAAUUGGACCAAGAAUGGCUUCCCUUCUUUGCGGUCUUCACGCUUCCGUGUGUGUUGUGCGGCCAAGCCAGAGACUGUCCAGAAAGUUUGUGAUAUUGUAAGGAAACAAUUGGCAUUGUCUCCUGAAUCAGCGCUUACCCCAGAGUCUAAGUUCUCUGAUCUUGGUGCUGAUUCUCUUGACACAGUGGAGAUAGUCAUGGGACUGGAGGAAGAGUUUGGAAUUAAUGUCGAAGAAGAUAGUUCUCAGAAUAUAACCACGGUCCAGGAAGCAGCUGACUUGAUAGAAAAAUUGGUUCAGAAAAAAUCUGAAGCGUAGAGAGAGAGAAGAGAGAGAUGAAGUUUUGUAUUAGGAGGGGGGCAGGAAUCAUGUGGAAAAUUUUCUGUCAUGGUAUGUUGUUUUGGUUGUUUAUAUUUGUUGACUCAGCUAGGUCCCUGUUUCAAGAUGAAUGACUCAGAAUUCUUUUUUUUCUUAUGAAAGGUAAAUUUGCUUUCAUUAA